AUGAAGGUCACAAUUCUUAUCUCGUCCCUUAUAGCUGUUGCAAGCACCUCCCUCACUAGUCCGGUGAAGCGUGCCGAGUCUGUACACAUCCGGCACUUUAAUGUCCAGCAUGCAGAUGACGGAACGGGAUCAUUACAAUUCGCACUACACAGUACCGUGACGGGACUUAAUGAUGAUUGUACCUUAACAUGGAGUACCACAAGCGCCAUCCAACCCGGACUCGCGAUGAACAAAUGCCUCAACAACAACUACGAAUUCGGUUUCCGCUACGGCAUUGGUAAUAUCGAGAACUUUGUUUUGGUUAUUCAGGGGGUCAAUGGGACGCAGCGGGGUUAUGAGGUUAUCAGUGCUUAUGCUACGAAUCCGGCUUGGAUUUGUACGGGGAGUCCAACGCCGGGGGUGAGGGAGCGGUGCGAGUGGAUGGGGAUUUUGGAUAUUGAUUUUUAG